AUGGCCGGACUCAAUUUUGACCUGGAGAAGAACCCCCCAGCGGCGCAGACCGUCAUGGACAACUCCAGCGACGGCGCCGUGCCCGGGGAAAGCUUCGCGUACGGCGACUCGCUGUACGCCAAGAUCCAGCGGCUGGCAGGAAAGCUCAAGAUUGAGCAGCGCGGUAUCGAACGCGUCCCCGCCGCGGAGCAGACGGAUACCUCAUAUACCAACAUUGGGAGUAUGUGGCUGGCGGCCAACAUGGUCGUCAGUUCAUUCGCCAUUGGUGCUCUGGCGCAUCCGAUCUACAACCUCGGGUUUGUGGACGCGAUCUUGACGCUCCUCUUCUUCAACCUGCUUGGUAUUAUGACGGUUUGCUUCUUUUCGUGUUUUGGGCCAUUCGGGUUGCGCCAGAUGGUCUUUUCACGAUUCUGGUUCGGGUGGUAUGUGACAAAGUUCUUUGCCAUCCUCAACGUCCUGGCCUGCAUGGGCUGGUCGGCCGCAAACGCCAUCGUCGGUGGCCAAAUGAUCCACGCUGUAAACAACAACGUCCCCGGCUGGGCCGCAAUCCUGAUCAUCGCAUUUUGCACCCUCCUCGUCACCAUGGCCGGCUACAAAGUGGUCCACCUGUACGAGUACUGGAGCUGGAUUCCGACUUUUAUCGUCUUCCUCAUCGUGCUCGGAACAUUCGCCCACUCCGGCGACUUUCAAAACAUCCCCAUGAAAGCCGGCACCUCUGAAAUGGGCUCCGUCCUCUCCUUUGGCUCGGCCGUCUACGGCUUCGCAACGGGCUGGACCAGCUACGCAGCUGAUUACACGGUGUAUCAACCAGCAAACCGCAGCCGCAUCCGCAUCUUCUUCGCGACCUGGAUCGGGCUCAUCAUCCCCCUCCUCUUCGUCGAGAUGCUCGGCGUCGCCCUCAUGACCGCGACAACCCUCAACGACGGCGUAAACAAGUACCAGACGGGCUACGAGGCAGCCGGAAACGGUGGACUCAUUGGCGCAGUCCUUGAACCCCUCGGCGGCUUUGGCAAAUUCUGCCUCGUCAUCCUCGCCCUCUCCAUCGUCGCAAACAACUGCCCCAACAUCUACUCCGUCGCCCUCACAGUCCAAGUCCUCAGCCGGUACGCACAGCGCAUCCCACGCUUCCUCUGGACAGUCCUCGGCUCGUGCGUCUCCAUCGCAAUCGCCAUCCCGGGGUACUCGCACUUUGAAACCGUUCUCGAAAACUUUAUGAACUUCAUCGCGUACUGGCUCGCCAUCUACUCUGGGAUCUCGCUGACAGACCACUUCGUCUUCAAGCGCGGGUUCGGCGGGUACACUGUGGAGAACUACGACAAGCCCGGCAAACUGCCCGUGGGGAUCUCGGCGGCGCUGGCGUUUGGCUUUGGAGUUGCCGGGAUGAUUACGGGGAUGAGCCAGAGCUGGUUUGUUGGGCCGAUUGCUCAUCAUGCGAGUGGUGGGGAUGUUGGGUUUGAGCUUGCGUUUGCGUUUUCGGCGGUUAGUUAUUUAAUCAUGAGGCCAGUGGAGUUGAGGAAUUUUGGGAGGUGA